UUUACAUAAUGGCGCAAUAGACAAUGCCUAUGUCUAUCUAUGGUCUCGACGAUUCAAAAAUGAUUAUUUUCAUAUAAUUGUGUAACAACAUGGGUAACAACAUAUACAUUUAAGACUUCUGUUUACUGCAAGCAUUGUUCAUAUUUUUUGGAAGACCCAGUAAAGUAUUGAUAAUCUCGGAGUUACGUUUUGGAUAGCAAAGCCGUGGCGAUGCCAUUAACAAUCUAGCAAGUUGCAGUUCGUUGUCCUGCGAGAAAAAAGUCAAUUUUAAGUAUUAUUUUUUAUUAAGAGAUACAACUUUAUAGUUCAUUCUCCUAUUCAUAGAUCAUGUUUAUGCAUUGUUCCUUAAUAUCAGUAAUUUAAAUUUAUACUAAAAAAUUGAUACUCUGACAUAAUUUGUUAAUUAAUUAAAUAUAUAAAAAAAAAAAAAGAUUUUACCAAUCCUCUUCCAUAAGGAACGUUCAUCGAGAAGACAUUUCUUUCUGUAUCAUCCAUGGUGGCAAAUAUCUGAUAGAUAAUUCCAAUCAUAAGAAUGAGAAUAUAUAAGAACUUCAUGAUGAUCUUGGCUUUGAUCCUUCUACUGAAAGAAACAGCAAGAAUUUGUAGAUGCACAUACAUAGGAUAAACGAAGAUCUUUCGCAAAAUUUUUACUUCUUUUUUAACACUUUAUAAUGCGAAAAAAUCCCGUUUUUACUUCAUUCGUAUUUUUUUAUGUCAGGAUAAUAUUAGAUUCAUAAAACUUUUUAAAUUAAAUGCGACUUCAAAUUUUAUAUGAUUUUUAUUUGGUGUCAAGUUUACUGUAUCUCAACAACUGUAUAUCAUUAAAAAUAAACCCAUUGCACGUAUAUCAAUAUACGACAAAUUAUACCGUAUGUAAGGUGUUAAUUAGUUAAAAAAAAAGAAAAAUGAAAACAAUAAUUUUCUAAGUAAUAUUAAUUAAUUAAAUUAAAUGAUUUUAAUAAUUCAAAAAACUUUUCUCAGGAUAAUACUUUAGAGACUUAAUAUAAAAUAUUAAAAUUGAUCCUUACCUUUCUAUAUUCUUAGAAAUUUAGAAUUGCUUCGAGUAUAUUGCCGGAGAAGUAAGAAGACAAUGUUAUCGUUUCUUGGAAAACACGCUUCUUUUAUACUAAACUGAUUUACUCAAGCUGCAUUGAAUUGUCUCUGUUUGUGACAGCAGGCUGCUCUGUUACAGACAUGUCUCCUGUUUUUGAACGACGAAGAUGUCUUUUUACGUAAAUGCAUUAGAGUGCUUCUAAUUUCUUUCUUUCGUGUAUGGAAGAUAAAUAUGACAGAUUAUAAAUAAAAAUAGAUUUAUUAUUUCGAUGAGGUAUACCUCCGUUAUUUUUCAGUGGAUAGAAAAAUAAGAUAUGUUGUAAGAAGUUAAAGAAAAAAAAAAAAAAAAAAAAUAUAAUGGAAAUCUAUUAACUUUUGGAUUCUCUAAUCGAUAUUACCAAACUAUUCGAACCUAUUAAAAAUAUUUAGUUAACAUAGACAAUCUCAUUAUAUAUUGAUGCGAUAACCAAUAAAUUAACAAGAACGAUUGACGACCUAAUUCUACAUUUUUACGAAUGUAAAAAUAUUUAUUAAUAAGAUCGUUAACUUUUCGAUUAUCUAUUGGAUUCAUUAGUAUAUAUGUUAUUCAUGAUGGAAAAAUAUAGGAAGAAGAUUCAUGAUUGAUCAAUAAGCAGAGAUAGAGACCCUUUGUUUCAAGACAACGCUUCUCUUUUUUAAGGACGACAAUAUAUAUUCUGGUACAUAUGAAAAGAAUAAAUAAUAAAGAAAGAAUGAGUGAGGGAGAGAGAGAAACAAUAAAAUAAAAAACAAUCUUAGAAAGGGCAAGGACAGAAAAAAUAGAAAAAUAGAAAGAAGAGAAUCCAUACGCCAUGAGAGUCCAUAUGCGAGAUAGAAAUCCCGAAACGUGGGUUGGGGACCUGGGUCACUAACCCACGAACCAGAAAAGUUGCUUAGCUCGACAUCCCGUCCUUGAACCGUUCUUAAAACCCUCCAAAGUGGUAGUGGAAGACACGAUCGGAUCAUAGCAAGGAUUAGAUCUUUGCCACGUCGAAGUGUGUCGAAUGUAUCUCAUCAACAGUCUUUUGUUCAAUUUCAUUGAACUCUGGGAAUAUUUCUUGGAAGAAUGAGAAAUGAAAAAUAUUUUUUUUUAAAAUACAAACUAUUAAUUAUGACUUUCUAAUGGGUCGAUUUUUCAAACGUUCUAAAACAUCGAUCUAAUCUUCUAACUCAUUUUUCCUUUUUUUUUUAUCUUUUCAUCUGCAUAUCAUUAGUAGGUGGAGAUACAGCUUUUAAAGGAGAGAAGUACUUAAUUUACAACAGAAUAGAAAAAUAGAAAGAUUUUUUACAUGUCAAAUGUAUUGCCGAAAUUUUUAAGCGAUUAUACAAUACAAUCGUUUAAAUUACGUAAUAGCAUUUCUAUUCGUCCUUGGAUUAAUAGCAUUCUCUUGUCCGUAUUUAAAAAAUUGAAAGAUAAUCUCUGAAGACACAGUAUUUUAUAAUAGUUAAUGGACCGUAUUACUAAUGCUUCAUAAUAAGAUGCGACACAUCAAAACGCAAAGUGGAUUUCAGUAACGGAGGUCACUGAUCUCAAUGCAUAUUAAUUCGUUAUCCACAUAUUGAGUAUAGUUUUGUAACUUCCUACACGAAUGAAGUGGACUCAUUAACUAUGUAUAAAAGUUAUUUUAAAACUUUUACAAAAUGUCGAUUCUUUUUCUUUUCUUUUUCUUUUUCUUUCAUUAAUUUUUUUUUUCUUAUUACAAGUAUAUACACUUUUUAGUAUUGUAAAUAUAUUUAUUCUAUUGUUUCUAUUUAAUUUGUUGCUAUAUAAAUAUAUUUUUUUGCAUCAUUUAAAAAUACUUGUUUGGCUUUCAAUAGAUUGGCGAACAAUAAAGAUACUAAUUUAUCUUGAGGAAAAAAAAACAAAAAAGAAUCUACAAGGAAAUCAAUAUGUAUUCGUUUAAGGUAGAUCCUUGUUUUCAACGAUAUAUAAAACGAGAAGAUAACAAGAACAUUCUCGCAGCCCCGCUCGCGCAUUCUCACGCUAUUAAUAACUUUCUGGAGUUUUCUGGUUUCGGUGAAAAUUGAUUCUGUUUGUUUGGCCAUAUACAAGUUCAAGGGGAUUCGUUGACAUUCUUUCGAAUACCUUAUUUUUCGAAGAAAUUCGUUAUUCCCCGUUCUAAAUCCAUUGCUUUUCUUAGUCCCUAUCAGGUCGACGAAAGUGAAAAGAGAAAACAAGAAUAAAGACAAAACUUGGAUGCAAAUGAGAAGAACUGAACAAUUUGUCGAUUAAGGAAAAGGGAGAAAAUUUCUUUUGAGAUCUGGUAUAUGUAAAUGAAAUUGCAGCGCGUCCCCAAUCCUCAUCCCAAUGGUAAAUAGAAGAAGAAAAUAGAAUAUGAAUAAUAUAAUUGAAAGAUGAAGAAGAUUUAUUGAAUUCUUAAUUAGAUAAUUAGAUAAUUUCUCAUAACAUCAAAUUCACAAUCCAAUAUCCUGAAAAUCCUGUAAAAAUCCAAAGUCAUUGGAUGUAUAAACGAAGUGCUCAUCAACAAUUAAUUCGCUCCUUUCAACCCUAAGAUAUCAUUUUACAAGGUAUCGUUCUAUGCUUAAUUGUUUAUCCUGUCAUUGAUCAAUUUCAUCAUUUCUUCCUCGUACACUCAUCGACUUUAGAUGUUUUCCGACGCACCCUCUUAACAAUAUAUUUGUUGAACGGAUCUAAUAUUCCAUAAGAGAACGGCUUCUCGAUUGUCUUUUCUUCGAAGUGAGACAGUACCUCCAAAUCAAACAAGCCAAUUCCAAAUGGAGUUCUCGCACCCCUUGGCUUGCAAGGAAGCGGCUUGGUGUCGUUGGCACCAAUGGUCUCUGCCUCUACGCGAUCACGUUCUCGUGGUCAAGGACACAGCAAAGAAGCAAUGGCACAGAAAGAAAGAGAGAGAGAAAGAGAGAAGGGUGCGGGUCGAGGGGCUAUCGAUGGUGUAGGUAUAUAUGGUCGUCCUCUCGCGUUCGGAAUACCAGAUUCGUGCGUCCAGAUUAGUCCUCUCUAUCGAGGGCUCUGUGUGGUGCCUUUUAAAAUUCAUCGCGAACGACUAACAACCGACAUCGAAGAAGAAGAAGAAGAAGAGGAAAAGACCGAUCACUUUCAGUGAUUCUUUUGAUCAGUGCUGUCAAACCGCGUGCUACCGUCCGAUCACUUCAAACCUUUUCAAUUUCAACAUUCUAAGGGUUGAUCGGCAGAAUCGACAAAGCGGACGUUUCCCUCGACGUUACCCGGAGAGUGACUUUUCAAAGUCUUACUCCCGGUACGAUGCUGAUUGGAAUUGUCUUUUUGCUGAUCGGCUCUUCUUAUGCGGGACCAUUACACGAUGUACCAGCGCGUGAAAUCUUACCACCACCACCUUGGAAAUUUCAAACAACUCAAGACAAUUCUGAGAUCUUAAAUGAACUUGGCUUUCAACGUGGCGCAGUUGAAAGCCCUCCUAGAUCUAUCGAAUUCGAUCGUUUUCAAGAUCAAUCGAAAGAAAAUGUUGAAUUUGGAUCAUAUAGGAUUCCACUUCGCGAUGCUGUCGAAGCUUUACCUUCGAGUGCUAUCAAACUUCGUAAAGAUCCAAAAAACGAAGGUCAUUCAGCAAGUACGCUGAAUUUCAGUAUCGUGGAACAGAGAUUACCACUUAGGGAUGCUGUUGAACAUCGAGAGGCACCCUUUUUUGGGGGAGUAGAACACGAAUCUAUAUGGAUCGAACCACUGGCACCACCAACUUUAGGUAGAAUUCAACGGAUUCUCGAUCCAAAAGUCAUCUGUCAUUUUGAUUCCCGAGCAGCUCAUAGGAUGGAACCGUUCUCUUUAUUACCUGCAUCUUUACCGGAUUACAAAUGUACUCACUUGAUAUAUGCCGGAGCUAAUUUGGAUUCAGAUUUCAAGGUGACACCCUGGAAUUACGAAUAUGAUGAAAUUAAAGGUGGUUAUAAGACAGCUGUAGGUCUUCGUUCAAGAGAUCCAUCAUUACGUAUUCUCAUAUCGAUCAUGCUUCCCAACGAAAGAAUUAAAUCCAAUAAAUUGAAUGAAGCUGAUUAUGAACAAAUUUCUCAGUCCAUACUGAGUUUCAUCGAUCAACAUGAUUUUGAUGGUGUCCUGAUAGACUGGCAAAUUGGAGAUACUUGGCAAACGAAUGUUAUAACAGAUUUAAAGAUUUUUUCGAAAAUCCUAAAAAGGAAUUUAGCAGACGAAGGAUUGACCUUAGCUAUUGCUCUUCAUGCUGAAGAUCGUAUCCAUCGAGAAACCAUUUCGAAUUUCGAUGUAGUGAUAUUGAAGCCUUGGCGAAACGAUUUCGAUUUAAAAAGAGAAAAGUUUGCUCUUCAUCCUGCACCAUUUAAAUCCGUAAUUCGUGCAGUUAAUAAGUGGUUCGAACGUGCCGGCAUGGAACAAGCAUCCAAAACUGUAUUGGGCUUGCCAAUUUUCGGUGAUGGAUACACACUUAAAUUUGGAAACUUCACUGAUGCUGGUGCUCCAGUUUUAGGAUCUGGAAUCCCUGGUCCAUAUACUAAAAUACCUAAUGGAAGACUCGCCUAUUAUGAAAUAUGCGAACGAUUAGAGGAAGGUUCAUGGAUAUCUGGGAGAGACGAAGAUGGUCCAUAUGUGAAACGUGGAGAUCAAUGGAUUGGAUACGAAGAUCCUAUAUCAAUGAAAAUAAAAGCAGCAUAUAUUCGAUCUAACGGACUUGCUGGUAUCUCUUUGUGGUCUUUGGAUUUAGAUGAUUUUCAGGGUAUUUGUGGUAAUCCAUGGCCAAUGUUGAAUACUGCAACGAAUGCAUUAGGACUGUAUGAAAGUAAAUCUACUAAAAGAUGUUCUGAAAAAGGUCUUUUCGCUGAUCCAGAGAAUUGUUCUGGAUUUUAUUCUUGCAUUAAAGGUAAAAUGUAUCACGGUUAUUGUGGUCCCAAACGGCUCUUCGAUCCUGUACUAGGACGUUGUAUUAAGACUAAUCCAGAAAUUUGUAAACCUGGUUAUUCCGAUCAAAUUGUUUUGCAUGAAAUGGAUUUUGUCGUUAAUCAAAACGGUUUAAAAAAAGAAAAUUAUAUGGAAAAAUUGACACAAAAAGGUCCACGAAUCGUUUGCUACGUCACUUCAUGGGCAAUUUACCGAAAAGCAGAUGGAAAGUUUGUACCAGAACGUUUGGAUUCUCGUUUAUGUACCGACAUUAUUUAUGCGUUCGCCAGUUUAAAUCCAGACACUUUGUUGAUACAGACUUUUGAUCCCUGGGCAGAUAUAGAAAAUGGUUUAUACGAACGAGUGACGUCAAUUAAAGAAACCAGAGUCCUUUUAGCUCUUGGUGGUUGGACCGACAGUUCUGGCGAUAAAUAUUCCCGUUUGAUAAGCAAUGUUAUUUCUCGUAGAAAAUUCAUCUCAGCAACGAUAAGUUUCUUAAAGAAACAUAACUUCGAUGGUUUGUCACUCGAAUGGAAUUAUCCGAAAUGUUGGCAGAGCGAUUGUAAAAAAGGUCCAGACUCUGACAAACCUAAUUUCACAAAGCUCCUUCAAGAAUUAAGACAGGAGUUUGACAAGCAAACACCCAAACUCACAUUAGCAGUAGCUUUGUCAGGAUAUAAAGAAGUUAUCGAUCAGGCUUAUGAAGUUGCGAAGAUUUCACGUGAAGUAGAUUUUGCCUCAGUAAUGACAUAUGAUUAUCAUGGUGCUUGGGAAUCGAAAACAGGUCAUUUGGCACCUUUAUAUGAAAUGAAUAACAAUGGCCGUAUAUAUUAUAACGUUAAUUUCACAAUGGAAUAUCUUGUACAUCUUGGAGCUGAUAAAUCAAAACUGUUAAUCGGGAUACCAUUAUAUGGUCAAGCCUAUCAUCUCUCUGAUUCUCAUAAAACGGGACUUGGUGAUCCAGCUACAGGCCCUGGUCUACCUGGAGAAUUUACAAAACAACCAGGAAUGUUAGCUUACUAUGAAAUAUGUGACAGAAUCAAGAGGCACGAUUGGACCGUAGGAUCAGGACCAAGUGCUUAUCAUAAAGAUCAAUGGGUAGGCUAUGAAGAUCGAAAGAGCGUGUUUCAGAAGGGUGAAUAUAUAUUACAAAACAAUUAUGGUGGAGCCUCAAUGUGGACUGUCGAUUUGGACGAUUUCUUAAAUCUUUGCUGUGUAGAGAGUUUCCCGCUUCUUAAAGCUAUAAAUCGUGCAUUAGGUCGUUUUCGUACACCGGCACCAAACGAUAUGAAAGAAGAUUGUCAACGACCAGAAGAACCUGUGACACCACCAGAACCAACAAUGACAACUCAUAGCGAUGCUGUCGAGGGUGGUCCAGCAUCGACAAAGCCAAUGUCAACGUUGACAACUAAAGUUACUACAUGGCCAACAUGGACUGAAAAACCAAGUACGACACAAUCCAGUUGGACUCAGAAACCUACCAUAUCAUCGAGUCAUCAUCAUCAUCAUCAUGAGACAUCAACAAUACGCACGUCAACAGUGACAUGGGCUCCAAGUUAUUUACCACCCGCUACUAUUCCCUCUAGUACAACAGAAAAUAUACCAAUAUCUCCUGUAUCCUGCAGUGAAGGUCAAUAUACUCCUGAUCCCAUUGAUUGCGGAAGUUAUUAUCGAUGCGUUCUUAAAGAGUUAAAACGAGAACGCUGUGCACCUGGAUUACACUGGGACAAAUUACGUAGUAUAUGCGAUUGGCCAUCAAUUUCGAAAUGUCAAACCGAUAUCAGCACCACAUCAACCCACAGACCAACCUGGAGUUCCUCGAAAAAGACGACGAUCUCUUUAACUCAAAAACCAACAUCAAUGACCACACCAGCAUGGACUACUUCCAAUAUACAUCGUCCGAGCACGACUAAAAGGCCCGCCGUUGUCAUUAUGUCAACAGAAAAACCGAUGAAAGAAUGCGAGCAUGGUCAAUAUUACCCCUAUCCAAAUUCCUGUAUAAACUUUUUAGUCUGCGUUAAUGGGAAUCUGGUGUCUCAACAAUGUGGUCCAGGAUUAAACUGGAAUGAGGAAAAAAAUAUGUGUGAUUGGGCAUACAAGAAACCAUGCAAUGAGAAACCAAUGAAGAAUGCUUUGUUCGUCGUAAAGGACACAGUUACGAAGAGCUGUAUCUCUGGUAGUUAUAGUCACGUACCUGGUGAUUGUGGAAGUUACCAAGGUUGUUUAUGGGGCCGCCAAGAAAUCUUCCGUUGUGCUCCAGGAUUGCAUUUUAAUAAGCAUAGUCGUAUUUGUGAUUGGCCAUCGAGAGCUAAUUGUCAAGAAGAUAUUGACGAUAAGGAGGAUGUAACUGAAAAACCUAGCACAAAACCUCCUCUUGAAAUUGGAUCUGUUACUACAUUAAUUACUGAGAGGCCUACAGUGUCUACUACAAAAAAAGCAACAACAACUCAGAGUACAACUCAAUCCACGACUUUAUCUCCUGCUGAAAUAGAUCCUGAUAAGGUUUCACCACUUUCAGGAUAUUUUAAGGUUGUUUGCUAUUUCACGAAUUGGGCAUGGUAUCGCAGAGGUGUAGGACGAUAUUUACCCGAGCACAUAGAUCAUACUCUCUGUACUCACAUUGUUUAUGGAUUUGCCGUAUUGGAUUAUUCUGAUUUAAUAAUUAAAGCUCAUGAUUCUUGGGCCGAUUAUGAUAAUCGAUUCUAUGAACGUGUUAUAGCUUAUAAGAAACGUGGCUUAAAAGUAUUAUUGGCUUUAGGAGGGUGGAAUGAUUCGGCUGGUGAUAAAUAUAGUCGUUUAGUAAAUAAUCCUGCAGCAAGACAGAAAUUUAUCGAUCAUACUAUUAAAUUUAUCGAAAAAUACGGUUUUGAUGGUUUGGAUUUGGACUGGGAAUAUCCAGUAUGCUGGCAGGUGGAUUGCAAGAAAGGACCAGCCUCUGAUAAAGAAAGUUUCGCAGCAUUAGUAAAGGAAUUAAGUACUAGCCUAAAACAAAAAGGAUUAUUAUUAACAGCUGCUGUCUCUCCUAGUAAAAAAGUAAUCGACAAAGGAUAUGACGUACCUACCUUAGCAAAAUAUUUGGAUUGGAUUGCAGUCAUGACGUAUGAUUAUCAUGGACAGUGGGAUAAAAAGACUGGACAUGUUGCUCCAAUGUAUUCUCAUCCAGAUGAUGAAUUUUAUUAUUUCAAUGCGAAUUAUUCGAUAAAUUACUGGAUCGCGAAAGGUGCACCACCCAGAAGUAUAGUCAUGGGAAUGCCAUUGUACGGACAAUCUUUUACAAUAAACGAUCCAAAAGCUGGAGUUGGCUUGAAUGCGCCAGCAAGUGCCGGUAACGCUGGUGAAUUCACAAGGGCAGCAGGAUUUUUAGCAUAUUACGAAAUUUGUAAUCGAAUUCGUAAUCAUGGCUGGACCGUUGUUCAAGAUCCUGAGAAAAGAAUGGGACCAUAUGCUUAUAAGGGAAGUCAAUGGGUUAGUUUCGAUGAUGCUGAUUCGAUACGACGGAAAGCUCAGUUUGUCAGAAACAUGAAUCUUGGAGGAGGAAUGGUCUGGGCAUUGGAUCUUGAUGAUUUUAGAGGACGAUGCGAAGAAGGAUCUCACCCACUCAUGCAUACGCUUCAAGAAGUACUCUCUGAGCCACCUAAUCAAUAUGACAAACCAAUCAAGCCACCAGCUAUUGGAAGUGAAUUAGAAUGGAAGAUACCUACUACUUCGGAGAUUACUUCAACGCCAAUUUCUACAACAUUGAUGGAAGUUGAAAAUAUUGCACCUGUACAUACCACUUCGAUAAUACCUGAUGAUGGAAAAGGAUUUAAAGUUGUUUGUUACUUCACUAAUUGGGCAUGGUAUCGACAAGAAGGUGGAAAAUUCCUUCCAGAGGAUAUAGAUGGUGAUCUAUGUACACACAUCAUUUACGGCUUUGCUGUUCUCGAUGGUUCCAGCUUAACAAUAAAGACUCACGACAGUUGGGCCGAUAUAGAUAACAAAUUUUAUGAAAGGGUAGUCGCUUAUAAAUCAAAAGGUAUCAAAGUAUUGCUAGCUAUCGGAGGAUGGAAUGAUUCAGCAGGUGACAAAUACAGUCGUCUAGUAAAUUCACCUAGCGCUAGGCAAAAGUUCACAUCACAUGUUUUACAAUUCCUUGAAAAAUAUGGUUUCGAAGGGCUCGAUUUAGAUUGGGAAUAUCCUGUUUGUUGGCAGGUCGAUUGUAAAAAGGGUCCAAAAUCUGAUAAAGAAAGCUUCGCACUUUUAGUACAGCAUUUAAGUGAAGUCUUUAAACCGAAGGGUCUACUGUUAUCCGCAGCUGUUUCGCCAAGUAAACGAGUUAUCGAUGCUGGCUAUGACGUAGUUUUCUUAGCAAAAUAUUUAGACUGGAUAUCCGUUAUGACGUACGAUUAUCAUGGCCAGUGGGACAAGAAAACCGGACAUGUAGCUCCGCUGUAUGCACUUCCUAGUGAUUGGGAGCCUACUUUCAAUGCCAACUUUUCAGUUCAUUAUUGGUUAGAACAGGGUGUACCUCCGAAAAAAUUAGUAAUGGGUGCACCUAUGUACGGUCAAUCCUUCUCUUUGGCAGAAAGAACUCAAAGAGGAUUAAAUGCACCAACAUAUGGAGGUGGAGAAGCAGGCGAAGCUACAAGAGCAAGAGGUUUCUUAUCAUAUUACGAAAUCUGUGAAAGAACCUUAAAGAAAGGUUGGUCGGUAGUUCAAGAUAGUCGGAGACGUAUCGGACCCUAUGCUUAUUACGGGGAUCAGUGGGUUAGUUUUGACGAUGCGAAACAGAUCAGAAUUAAAGCAGAAUUAAUAAAAAAACUUGGUCUUGGAGGUGGCAUGAUUUGGGCAUUAGAUCUAGACGAUUUCAAGAAUAGAUGUGGCUGCGAACCUAGUCCUUUGUUAAGGACAAUGAAUAGAGUUUUGAGAAACUAUCCUGAAGGACCACUUUGUCCAGUAGUAUCAGAAUCCACUUCCAUUGAUAUUGAUCAAUCUACCACGCAAACUAUAAGCACUUGGUGGCCGACCGAGUCCACAUCUACAUCUCGGCCAAGCUAUUUGCCACCCGCAACAACAACAACAAUGACAACAUCUACUGGAGAAUUGGACAUAUCAUCCGAAGAAAAUGAUACUGUUGAAAUAAUAGCUGGUCCACCUCCAGCAGGUAUUGGACCUUUAGGUAAUUGUGGUGAUAAAUUAUUUAUACCACACAAGAAUGAUUGUGCGAAGUAUUAUCUCUGCAAUUUUGGUAAACUUUCUGAGCGUUCUUGCCCUAAUGGACUUUACUGGAACGACAAUCGAUGCGACUGGCCGGAAAAUAGUAAAUGUAAAAAGGGACAGAGACAACGUCAGACAAGUGACGCAUUCAUGGCUUUAUCCCUUAGCGAGAAGAACUUUAAGAAAAUCGUUUGUUACAUAACAAGUUGGGCUCAGAAAAGACAAAAUGUGGAAAGAUUUAUUGUACAGGAUUUAGAUUUAGAUCUCUGUACACACGUCAUCUACGGUUUUGCAAUAUUAGACGACGAAAGUUUAACAAUAAAAAUGCCGGACUCUUGGGACACAAAAGAUGAAAAAUUCUUGAGAGAUAUGAUAUUGUUUAAUGCUCAAUCUUCGAAUCCUGCUAAGAUAUCGAUCGCUUUAGGAGGUUGGAAAGAUUCUCAGGGCGACAAAUAUAGUAAAAUGGCAAGUGAUUCGGCUAAUAGGAGGAAAUUUAUCGAUAGCGUAAUUAAAUUCUUGAACAAAUAUAAAUUCGAUGGUCUUAAUCUCAAUUGGGAAUAUCCAGUAUGUUGGCAGGUAAACUGUAGCAGUGGACCUAAGAGCGAUAAAUUAGCCUACGUCUACCUUCUUCGAGAUCUUAAAACGGCACUGAAACCUCGUCGAUUACUUUUGUCAGCCGCAGUUUCAUCAAAUAAAAAAGUGAUCGAUCUUGCUUACCAAGUUCCAUUACUUUCUGAAUAUCUUGACUGGAUCGAUGUUAUGUCUUAUGACUAUCAUGGUUAUUGGGAAGGUCAAACUGGCCAUGUGGCACCAUUGUAUCAUUGUUCAGCUAACGAAGAUCAAUAUCUGAAUGUAAAAUCCAGUUUAAAAUAUUGGAUUGAACAGGGUGCAUCUUCGGAAAAACUUAUCCUAGGUAUCCCAGCAUACGGACAAUCAUUCACUUUGUCCAAAAAUGCAUUACCAUUGACUGGAAGAAGUUCCAAUUUCUUUCCUUUGAAGUCUUCCGGACCUGGACAUGCUGGAAAAUUCACGGAAGUCCCAGGAUUUCUUUCUUAUUACGAAAUAUGCGAUAACGUGAAAAAUGCUAAAUGGAACGUAACCAAAGAUACAGAACGUUGUGUUGGUUCGUAUGCAACGAAGGAUGAUCAAUGGGUCAGUUAUGAUGACGUAUCAAAUGUAUUCAAAAAGGCCGAUCUUAUAAGAGAAUUAAAUCUCGGCGGAGGAUCAAUAUGGUCGCUUGACUUGGACGAUUUUUCCGGAAAUUGCGGCUGUGGAAAAUAUCCUCUAUUGGCUGCAUUAAAUCGUGGACUAGUUCAAGAAAAACUACGAAUGGAGGAUUGUACAUGAAU